AUGUUUGGUCGGAUGUUAAAAUAUAUUGAGCUUCAGCACGGAGGCUUUUCGCUUGGAUUCGGUAAAGACAUCAUAUCCUCCACUUACAAGCCUGUUUCGCUAUACAACUCUUCAGAAAUAGGCCUUGACAACGCUACCACAUGCGAAGUUUUCGACUUUAGCGCCAAUGCUUGGAGGUAUGUUACUCCCUCUGCUCCUUAUCGGGUUGCUCCGUUCGCCUGUCCCGUCUUUGUAGAUGGUUCGCUUCAUUGGUUCACAGAUUGCGAGGAAACCAAAAUUUUAUCUUUUGAUCUUCACACCGAGACUUUUCAAGUCAUCUCUAAAGCUCCCUUUCCCGCCAAUUCACAUGAUGAUGAUAAUCCUUACGGGAUCCUCUUGUGCGACCUCGACAACCGCUUGUGCGACCUCGACAACCGCUUGUGCGUAUCACACAAGACUGAUUUCAACCAAGUGAUAUGGUCCUUCAAUUCAAGCAACAAGACAUGGCUCAAAAUUUUCUCCAUCGAUGUGGUUAUGACUUCUUUUUUCUAUGGUUGCCCAACAUCAAGUUGCCCCUUCACUCCACUAGCACUUUUGGAUGCCGAGAAUAAGAAGAAGGAUUUGCUCUUUUAUGACCGUGAGCAAAGUCGUUAUCUGUUGAUACAUGACUCCGAUGCCCCACUAUUCACUCUUACUUUGAGGGCUAAAUUCCUUGGAUUUCUUCUUUGUUAUUUCCCCAGUUUAAUCUCUUUUUGA